GUACGCGACGAGAACGGCAUGGCUCGUGCAACUGGAUGUUUGCCAGAAGAUCCAAGAUGGGCAAAUGGGCCCGGCUUCUGUGGUAGGGCAGUACAUUGCUGACCAGCUAGCGGGGCAACGCCGAAUACCGAGGGUUGGCAAGCACCAGCGCUUUCACAAGAACGACUGCCGACAGGUCAAGGGCCACCACAGCGUAAUCAGCGCAUUUUGUGUGAAUGAGAGAUGGGGUGUGCAGGCCGGAGUUCACGUCGAGCGCACCUUCCAGGUGGCCGUCAUCAUCCACGACGACCACGUCAAGAUCUGUGGGCGCGAGGUGGCAAGAGCGAAGGAGUACAUCGCCUGGUACCAGCCGAAGCGCGGUCCCAGCCAGGAGCCCUGGGCGAAGGCAGCCCAAGCACCCCCACCGCCUCCAAGUCAGCCGUGGGCGCAAGCAGCUCCUCUGCCGCCACCUCCAAGUUGGCCUGCACCACCUCCGCCGCCUCCACCACAGCUGGGGCCUUUCUCUACGCGAACACCACCGCCGCAGCGUGCGGAGACCCUGCUGGCCUUGCCACCCCCUCCUCAGGUCGUUCGCAGCGAGAGGAUCCGCAAGCGCCAUUCCAUCGGCUCCAUCCUCCACAAGGUGGUCCAGCAGAUCAACGUGAAGUUUGGUGGACCCUUGUGGCAAAUCAUCCCCAAGGAUUCAGAGGAUGGUAUUCUCGCAGUACUACUCCAUGGCAGCCGAGUUGGAGAAGGGAUCCGUGCAGCGGUGGAGGACCAGCUUGUCAGUUGA